AUGGAGCGCUCGCAGAGCCGCCUCAGCCUGUCUGCCUCCUUCGAGGCCCUGGCCAUCUACUUCCCCUGCAUGAACAGCUUUGACGAGGAGGACGCGGACGGGGAUGGGCGGAGACUCAAAGGUGCUAUCCAGAGGAGCACAGAAACUGGUCUGGCUGUCGAAAUGCCAAGCCGGACAGUCCGUCAAGCCAGCCAUGAAUCCAUUGAAGACAGUAUGAACAGCUAUGGAUCUGAAGGAAACUUGAAUUUCAGUGGAGUCCAUCUGGCAUCUGCUGGGCAGUUUAGUGACUUCCUGGGGAGCAUGGGUCCUGCACAAUUUGUUGGUCGUCAGACCUUGGCCACCACCUCCAUGGGAGACGUGGAAAUUGGUUUACAGGAGCGGAAUGGACAGCUAGAAGUGGAUAUCGUUCAGGCACGAGGACUGACCCCCAAACCCGGCUCCAAAACCCUUCCAGCGGCUUACAUCAAGGCAUAUCUACUAGAAAAUGGAGUGUGCAUUGCAAAAAAGAAGACAAAAGUGGCUCGAAAAUCAUUAGACCCCCUGUACAACCAGGUGUUACUGUUUGCGGAGAGCCCACAAGGCAAAGUAUUACAGGUGAUAGUCUGGGGGAUCUAUGGACGCAUGGAGCGCAAACACUUCAUGGGAGUUGCCAGGGUUCUCUUGGAAGAACUGGAUUUGUCAACUUUAGCAAUUGGCUGGUACAAGCUUUUCCCUACCUCCUCGAUGGUAGAUCCCACUACAGGUCCGCUUCUGCGCCAGUCUUCGCAGCUUUCCUUGGAGAGCACAGUGGGACCCUGCUGUGACAGGUCUUAA